UCCCCGUGCAGUGCAAUAUGGCAGCGUCCGAGAGCCGUCUGGUGUCUCUUCCGCUUUCGCGUAUUAGAGUCAUUAUGAAGAGCUCUCCUGAUGUGUCUAAUAUUAACCAGGACGCGCUGAUUCUGACCACGAAGGCUACGGAGCUGUUUGUCAAGUACCUGGCUUCGUAUUCCUAUAAGAACGGGACCGGUAAAGAGUCAAACACGCUGUCCUACGAUGACUUGUCGGAGACCGCCGAGGAGUCUGAGACAUUCCAGUUCCUGUCUGAUAUACUGCCAAAGAAAAUACUAGCCAGUGAAUACCUGGAGAUGUUAAAGAAAGAAGAGGAAGGUGUAGAUGAUGAUGAGGAGGAGGAGGAGGAAGAAGAAGAAGACGACGACGAUGAGGAGGAUGAUGAUGAGGAGGAGGAGGUGGAAGAAGAUGACGAAGAAGAAGAAGAAAAAGAUGAUGACAACAAUUGACCAUUCCUUUUGGAUAGUUCUUUGUUUUUAUAUUUCUGCUUGAUUUUCUCUGCUUUUUUAUAAUUAAGGACUAUUUUUGUAUUUUUGGGAGAUUUUAUACAACUGGAAGUCAGACGCACUGGUAACUUAUGUAAAAAAAAAUAAUAAAAAAAAAAGACCUAAAAAAUAUU